AGUAAACAUUGAACAUCCUUAAACAACAUUUCUUUAGACACCGGGGUAAAUGUCGAAGCUUUGAAGCUGUUAAGCCUGGGGAUCAUACAAUACGAAAUGAAGAAACUGGCAAGCCAAUAAUUUCAAUCAUAAGUCAGUUUAAUACCAUUUAAGCAUCAUAUUCUAGCUUUUCAUGAGAAAACCAGGUGAUAGCUUUGGAGUUCAACCCAGAAACGACCUCAAGUCGACCGAUAUAGCAGACAGCAGGGAUAAAAAGAAAACUGGGCAUAGCAUAUGGGCAAAGAGUUGGAACGUAACUAGCCGCAUUGGACCCUCGCAACCUUAUUCGCCCGAGCCACGACAUCGGUACCCGAAGCCCGACUUCCACAUCAGAGAAGACGACGAGGGAACAGCAAAUUGGAUCAAAAACGACCGUUUAGAAACUUCUGGACAUUAUCAUCCCACCAUGGUAAAAGAACAAGCCCCGCCUAAGCCGCCUUUGCGUCCUUUAGGCUCUAGUGAAAGAAAUGGAAAUGCGAAAAAACAGGCUCCAGCUCAACCUGAUGAUAACACACCAGGGUUUGGAAACAUGAGUGCUGGAGGCUUCACAUCUAUCAAUACCUCUACAACUACGAAUACAGCCCCGAGACCUGCCGUUAAAUCGCGAGUGUUAUCAGGAAGUAUGGAAGACAAGUACGCGAACCUCUUUAUUCAACCCAAGAACCGCCCAGAGCACCACCGCCCCCAACGAAUUACGGGACCAUUGCAGCCUACUUAUAAGGAUAAGAAGCCGGCGCCAGCUCCCCUGUUCAAUACCCUGAAACCUGACCCGGAAGGAUCGGCUAAUAACCCGAUAUCGGUUCCGGAUGGCGCCCCUGUUUCGAUAUACAGUCAGCCCGGCAUCUUCUCCACGUAUGUCGACCCUAAAAAAGCUGCUGCCGACAUUAAGGCCUUACUCGAAGGCUCCAUAGAAGCUGAGGAGGAUAAGGGCGCAGAGGAAGAAGAUAAAGAAGAUAAAUCACACAUCGAAGGUCUCAGUGUUCGACUCCUGCCUCAUCAAGUCGAAGGAGUGGAGUGGAUGAAAGGUCGUGAACUUGGCCCCGUCAAAAAGGGCAAAGUCCCCAAAGGCGGUCUUCUUGCAGAUGAUAUGGGCUUAGGAAAGACUUUGCAGUCAAUAGCGCUCAUUCUGACCAACAAGAAACCAGCAGAUAAACAUCCGGGAGUUGAAAAGACGACGUUGGUCGUUGCGCCUUUGGCUCUUAUCCGCCAGUGGGAGGCUGAAUUAAAAGAGAAGGUAGAUGAAUCUCACAAGUUGAAGGUUCUCGUACAUCACGGGCCCCAGCGUACCAAGCGUUUUGAAGAUCUCCGCCGCUACGAUGUGGUAAUCACCACCUAUCAAAUACUCGUAUCCGAACAUGGCCACACUACAGAUACUGUCAAGACCGGUUGUUUCGGUCUGCAUUGGUACCGUGUCAUCCUGGACGAAGCACAUACAAUAAAAAAUCGGAACGCCAAGGCCACAAAGGCCUGUUACGAACUCCGAAGCAUAUAUCGUUGGUGCUUGUCAGGCACGCCGAUGCAGAACAACUUGGAUGAGCUACAGAGUUUAGUCAAGUUUCUUAGAAUCAAGCCUUAUGAUGAUCUUCGCGAGUGGAAGGAUCAUUUUGAAAUACCUAUGAAAGGCGGCAAGGGAGAAGUGGCAAUGCGUCGCCUCCACAGCCUUCUGCAGUGUUUCAUGAAACGAAGGACUAAAGAUAUCCUGAAGAAAGAUGGCGCUCUGAAUACAAGCGGAAAGAAAACGAAAGAAGGCGAAGAAGACGCAACAUCGGACUUCAAGGUCACGGAGCGAAAAGUCGUAACAGUUGCAGCAGAGUUCACUCCAGCGGAAAGGCGAUUUUACGAUAGGCUGGAAAAGCGGACAGAUAAGAGUAUCGAGGCAAUGAUGAAAAGUAAGCUCAACUAUGCCAGCGCCUUGGUACUGCUUUUGCGUUUACGACAGGCUUGCGAUCAUCCAAAAUUGGUUGAGGGUAAAAUUGAAAAAGACAAGGAAGCUCUAUCUGAGGAAACGAAGCCAAAGAAGAAUGAAGCCGAUGUUGAUGCUCUCGCCGACCUUCUUGGUGGACUAGACGUCGAGACGAAACAUUGCGACAUCUGCGGCUGGGAGCUUGAUCGUGACACCCGCCAGCCUGGCUCAGAUAAAUGCAAAGCUUGCUAUGAAGAUCUAGAAUACUUCAAGCAUCACGAAGAUGGAGGAGAAUUGAAAGCACCAAAGACGAAAACGCGGAAAAAGAAGCCUAAGGUUAAGAAGGUAGAGGUUGAAAAGGUUAAGACUGAGGUAGUUAGGAAGCGCAAACCUAGAAACCGCCGCGCGAUCCUCGAUAGCGACGAGGAAGAAGAAGAUGCUGACUGGAUCGUCUCCGGGGAUGAACAAGGACCGCUACGAUUAGGAAAAGCGGGUGGUACGGACGACGAAAACGCCGAGGGUGAGGGCGAGACUAUCAAUUCAGACGAUUCCGAAGAAGAGGAAACCCAAGAUGGCAGUCAGUUGGGCAGUUUUAUCGUGGAUGAUGGGAAAGAUACAAGCCCCGAAGAGCUACAACGAGCUUGGGAGGAGUCAGACACCGAAGAGGACGAAUCCAUCUCAGUUCUUCAAUCUAAGAUGCGUCGAACAAAACUAGAAGACAGUGAAGAUGAGAGUAAGAAAGAGGAUGAAAAGGAAGGUGAUGAAGAGGAGGAUGCGGGCUCGGAAUCACAAUCCGAGUCUGAAGCCGACGACACGGGAAUUUCCGAAUCUGAAAUCGAAUCUGAUUCGGAAGACGAUAUUGCCUAUUUCCGCUCUAGGCGACUAAAGGAGAAGACUCCCCAUGUGCUCGCGUCAGCCAAGAUCCGCCAGCUUACCACAAUCCUUCACAAAGAAGUGCAUGAACACAAGUUUAUCGUCUUCUCACAGUUCACCAGCAUGCUUGACCUAGUAGAGCCUUUCUUCCGCAAGGAAGGCAUCAAGUACACGCGAUACGACGGGAGCAUGAAGAACGACGCGCGCGAAGAGGCGCUUAACAGUCUACGAAAUAAUCCUGAGACUAGAGUGCUCCUCUGCUCGCUGCGCUGUGGCGCGCUGGGUCUCAACCUCACGGCGGCUAGCCGCGUCGUAAUCCUCGAGCCCUUCUGGAACCCUUUCGUCGAGGAGCAAGCUAUCGACCGAGUCCACCGCCUGACGCAGAGGGUCGACGUAGUCGUAUACAAGCUGAUAGUCGAGAACAGCGUCGAAGAGCGAAUACUGGAACUGCAAGAAAAGAAACGACUUCUCGCCGAGGCUACCAUCGAGGGCGGCGCCCGCAAGGAGAGCCUCAAGCUCGGCCUCAAGGAGAUGAUGGACCUGUUCGGACACGUCGGCCGCGAGAGCGUGGGAAGCGCUGUUAGCAGGGGCAGCUACGAUUCCGAGGAGAGGUUCAACAGUGUUGUGCGUCAGGACGUCACGAGGACGCUUGCCGGCAUGCGGAGCAAGAAGGCCGGUCCUAAGACCUCGCGCAACGACGAAAGCUCAGUCUAUGGACGUCGGUGGUAGGGGAGGCAUUCCCUUAUAACGAGUACGCAAGGUCCUAGGCGGCGUUCUAUGGGUUAGGCAUCCUUUCUAGCUGGCUGGUC